AUGGCCACGAAGCUGCUGCCGGUGGCGGUGGCGUCCACGGCGGCGGCCUUCGGUGUCGUCGCCGGUGCGGGCGGCCGGAAGUCCCGCAGAGGCAAAGGAGCGCCGGAUCCCGCGUGGGCAGGCUCGACGCACAUGGUGGCCGCGGCAGUGGAGUCCGGUGAUGCCGGCGGCAGGGACGGGGCGGUGGCGGACAGCGACGAGGAGGCGGCGGCGCGCCCGCCAUCUCCGCCGCCACCUGCGGCCGCGCACGGCUGA